AGCAAAUUUCACUGUGACAUUCCGAUUUUGUCAAACAGUUGUUCCGGGGUGGUGGUUGGUGGAAUCGCUCUUCGUACUGAAGGUGAUGUGAAUAUUUUCAGCGAAAGCUCCCAGUUUAGCUGUUUGCGAUGAUCGUCCAAGCAGCCAGAGCUGGGCAACAGGGUGCCAACAUCAAAUCCCUUCUCGAUGCAAUCCAGAAAUUGAGUCAAACUUCAUCAAAACGGCAUCUUCUCACGGUAGCUGGAAUAACAAGUAAAAGACGGAUGUAUACGAAAAAGGAAUUACUGGGAUAUUCCAUGCAUCAAAUGUACGAGGUAGUGUCCGACGUCUCCAACUACUAUAAAUUCGUUCCAUACGUAACGCAAUCCAAAGUCCAUUCACAAAAAGAAGAUCAAUUCAAGGCGGACCUGAUCGUUGGCUUCCCGCCACUCAAGCAAAAAUAUACCUCACUCGUCACUCUAGAAAAACCUUUUCGCGUCCAGUCCGUGAGCAAAGACGCCCAACUAUUCGAUCACCUCUACAACGAUUGGAGGUUUAGUCCUGGUUUGAAGGAUAUACCGGACUCGUGCGUGCUGGAUUUCCAUGUCUCCUUCGAGUUCAAGUCGUUGUUGUAUAGCAAAAUUUCGAAUCUGUUUUUCGAAUUGCUUUGCGAUAAAAUGGAGCAUGCUUUCAUAUUAGAGGCUAAACGGCGAUUUGGCGGACCGUCGAUCCGGUCACAUGUCCUGUCGUCGGUGAAGUCGUGACAAAAGUGAUUUCAGGGAUGAACUAAAUUGUGAUACUUUCCUAGGUUAAUUUUUUUGAAUUGCAGUAUCAAAUAGUUAAAUUACUGUUAUAAUUCGAUUUACAUUAUUUAUUUGUUGUUAAUAAAUUGUUUAUAGUAUGACCAUGCACAGUUACGGACAGGAACACGGAUGUACAAAUCUUGGACUACUUUAAAAUAAAAUGCAUUGAGAAGGAAGUAGCACA